CCCACUUCUCUUUCCUUUUCACACACUCGCAAUGGGUGCAGAGAGAGAAACGGCGGGUGUAUAUAACGGAAUAUAGAGUGAGAUAGGGAAGGGCUCUGAAGUCUGAAGCUUCGGUACUUGGCUUAUCUAUCUGAAAAUCAAGGGAGGAAAACAGAAAAAAGGAAGUAGGAAAGAAAGGCCAUGGGCUUUGUAAUGGGCAGUUCUUGCUUUCUUCAUCCUCCGCUUCACCAUCGACACCGCCCCUCUUCUUCUUCUCAAUGUGCUCUAUUAUAUAUGAGAGAUGCAGAGAAACAGAGGAAACACAGAGUGCCCAUGGCUUCUCUCAGCCACGAAGGGGAUUCAAAUGACACCAUUUUCUGCAAAAGGAGGGCGAUUCUAUUUGUGGGUAUUUCAGUUCUUCCAUUUCUGAGCUCAAGGGCAAGAGCUCUUGAAGACUUGGCGAACGAAGAUCACGACCUUAAUACACCAGAGAAGAACAAAAAUGCAGAGCAAGAACUUCAAGAAGAUUCACCCCCAAAUCCCUUUCUGUCCCUCCUGAAUGGACUUGGAAUAUUCGCUUCAGGUGUGCUUGGUUCACUCUAUGCAUUGGACCAGAAGGAAAAGGCAGCUUCUCAAACAACAAUAGAGUCUAUAAAGACCAAAUUGAAGGAGAGGGAAGCUGCCAUUGUUUCACUGGAGAAGGAGUUCGGGUUAAAACUACUGAAUGAAGAGAAAGAGCGAGCCAAGCAACUUGGAAAAGCAAAGGAAGACUUGCAGUCUUUGAUGAACCAAGUACAAUCAGCAAAUGAUAUAAUAACAGGCCUUGGACAAGAGCUACAAAGUGAGAGAAGAUUGAUUCAAGAGCUUAAAGCCCAAAUAGAUAAUCUUCAAACAGACCUGACAAAGGCUAGGGAAGAUAAAAAGGCGCUUGAAGAAGAUCUGAAGCUGAAGCUAGAGUCCAUUGAAGUCUUGCAAGACAGGAUUAACUUGCUUAGUUUAGAGAUUAAGGAUAAGGAGGACAAUGUUGAAAACCUCAACUCUUCUCUUGCUCAAAAGGAAUUGGAGUUUAAUAACCUUAUUUCUGACCAUAGUCAGACUAAGAAUCAAUUAGUGGAAUCAGAUUUGGAAAUCAAAGGACUGAAAGAUGAACUCUUGGGAACUCAAGAAGAACUAAAAUCAAAGAAUUCUUUGGUGGAUGAUUUAAACGCACAAGUGAAUUCUCUAAUUGUUGAAAAAGAUGAUUCAAACAGACAACUUGCUGCUCUUCAGAAGGAAUUCAAUGAUCUGAGAUUAUCUUCUGAAAAAAAGGCAGCAUUCGAUGCUAAGCUCUUGGGAGAAAAAGAAAAUGAACUUCACCAACUAGAGGAAAAGCUCAAGAAUGCUUUGAAUGAAGCAAGAAAAAGCAAUGCAACAAUUGCUGAUUUGACCCAAGAAAAGGAAGAUUUGAGUAAACUGCUAGCUAUAGAGUUGAGCAAUGUAAAGAAUCUGAAACAUGAGCUCCAAAUCACACAAGAAACUCUGAAGGCAUCAACAAACGAGGCUUCUGAUCUGGAAAAACAACUAAAGCAGUUGCGAGAUCUUUGCUUGAAGCUGGAGGCUGAGGUUUGUACAGUGCUGGCUGAAUCUGCAAAAGCUAAAGAGAUGCUACAGAGGAGCCUUGAUGAGGCAAAACAGAGUGGUGAAGUUCUGGCCAGUGAACUCAUGAAGGUAAAGGAACUUCUGAAGAAAACAAAGGAUGAGCUGCAACAUAGGUCCCAUGAACUGGCAUCUGUGUCUGAAAAUCGUGACAGCCUACAGAAAGAAUUGGUUGAUGUAUAUAAGAAGGCAGAAAGUGUAGCCCAAGAUUUAAAAGAAGAAAAGAAGGCAGUGAUUACUCUCAACAAAGAAUUACAAGCUUUGGAGAAGCAAACAUUGAAAGACAAGGAAGUGCAAAAAUCUCUCAAAACAGACCUGGAGGAGGCUACCAAGUCACUAGAUGAAAUGAACCAGAAAGUAUUCUUACUUUCAAGGGACCUUGAGUUUGCUAAUACCCGGGUUUCUAGCCUUGAAGAUGACAAGGCUAUGCUUCAUAAUGCCCUGGCUGAACAAAAGAAUGUUACCCAAGAAGCUCGGGAAAACAUUGAAGAUGCUCAUAAUCUUGUCAUGAGGCUCGGCAAGGAAAGGGAAAGCUUGGAGAAGAGAUCAAAAAAACUGGAAGAGGAAUUGGCAGCUGCAAAGGGUGAAAUACUGAGGCUAAGGAGUGAAAUAAAUUCAUCAAAAACCCAUGUAAACAAUAAGCCCCAUCAAGAAGUCGAAGCUGAAGGCAACGCUGCAGUUCGAGUGAAGAAAAGUGGUAGAAGGAGAAAGAGUAGUUCUCCAUAAGUAAGGUUGCUAGCAAACUACCCAGAUUACCAUUCUUUUCCCCUCCAAUUUCUUAUCUUCCUGUAUGAUCCUGUGAAGCUGGGCAUCAUCAUAAUCAAGAAAAGGGUUUGGUUUUGAAGUCCUUUCCCCAAUUAGGCUGUUGCAGGGGCCUUCCAUCUUCUGAUUUUAUGUAAUAAGUGUUUGACCGUUUCAUUGUAUUGUAUAAAUUGAGUUGAGAUAGUACGAAUGAAGGAAAUUAGUUUUGUAA